CAAAUGUUCGACUACGCCGCUUUGGAAUAAUUAGAUCUCGUUUCCGUCUUUGUUAUAUCUUUAUACUUGCUAAUAUUCAAAAAUUUUCGCUUAUUUAAAGGAUGACGGACGUAGAGGGUGACAAGGAGAAAAUCGAAAUGACGGAAGUUAAUGGAAAUGUAAGUACAAUUCGUAAUUUUCUGCUAUUCGUUCGAAUUUAUAUAAACUUCUUGGAAUGAUUCAAUGGAUGACCGAGUCAUUGAAAUUUUCUGCUUGGUCGGCUAUGUAAGAUAAAAAUACCAAGUAUUUUAAGAGAAAUUGUUUUCUUUAUUUAUUACACCGGGUUAUUUGAUAUUAAACUAUACGCAUACAAAAAUGACCUUCGAAAAACAACCUCGUUAAUUAUCUCUCUCUGAGUAUUAUAGUCAUAUUUAUACUCCUCAACAUCAGUUGUUCGAUUAUACUCAAUAUACUUUAUUACUAAACAAUGGAUAAAAUGACCUCCGACGUUUUGUGUUUGACUCUGUGAGAUCCCUGUGGGAAAAUGAUGUAAUCGUGUUAGCUAGAUAGCGUGAAAGUAGUAGUGUUAUUCGGACUGAAGUAACAAAAAAUGUUUUCUAAACUCUUAACAAAGAUGCGUACCAUUAUAAAAAAAAAACCUCUGCAGAUGGCGUGAGGUAUAGGCAAAUUAUUCGUUCCAGACGCAACUCUGGAAUAGACGAGGAAUUCCUUGGGAAUUACCAUUUACUUUGGCGCUUUUGGCGCUAACCAUCUAGGUCGAAAUUUAAGCCUAGAUGUACAAUAAAAUUCAAAAAAACCUGUUACAUACACGUAACGCCACUAAAUAGUUUAGUUAAAAGUAUGAAAAGUGUCCAUGGAGUUACUCCAGAUCCUAUACCUAUGGGCGAGUCUUUCCAUCAUCCUAGUUUCAUUACUGGCAGUGCAAUUUUAUAUGUCUUUGACCAUGCACCACGAAGGAAAGCAGAUGGCAGAGCAAUCGCCAGAACACUAUGUAAUGCAAAGCGAACCGUCACUUGCUGGUGAAGCGUCGAUGGAGAAAGGUGAAGGUCAUGCUUCGGGAUGCUACGAAAGAAACCAUCGACGGCGUCCACAAAACGCGAGAAGUAUAAACAACGUCAAGAGUCUGCAGAGAGUACAAGAAGCACCGGUUGAAGUGUCUGAGAGUCAACAGACCCCAGUUACCACUCCAUCCGAGGAAAAGAAGAAUUCCACCCUAAUUUCAGAAGAAAAAAGCGUAAAGGAUAAAAAGAAGACAAUGUCGGGAAAAGCUGUAAAGUGUAGAGUCAUUUUACUCAAUGGGGAAACUUUUGAGAAUGAAAUAGACAAAAAUGCUAAGGGGGAAGAUUUAUUGGAGAAAGUAUGCUCGCAUUUGAAUUUGGUGGAGAGGGACUAUUUUGGACUGUCGUUUAACGAUACACAGAGUGUUAAGAUGUGGCUGAAUAACGAAAAGAAAAUCGCAAAACAAAUGCGAGGUGUCCCCUGGGUGUUUAAUUUUGAAGUUAAAUUUUAUCCACCUGAUCCAGCGGAACUAAAAGAGAAUAUCACUAGAUACCAAUUGGUGUUACAACUUCGAUCAGAUAUUGCAGAGGGAAAGUUGCCUUGUUCUUUCGUGACACAUGCUUUACUUGGAUCAUAUAUUGUUCAAGCUGAACUAGGAGAUUACGAUCCAGCCGAACAUGGACAUGAUUUUAGCUACUUAAAAGAUAUGAAGUUUGCUCCUCAGCAGACCGAGGACUUGCUUAUCAAAAUUUCCGAACUGCAUAAACAACACAGAGGUCAAAAGCCGGAUCAGAGCGAAUUGCAUUAUCUUGAAAAUGCUAAAAAAUUGGCUAUGUAUGGUGUCGAUAUGCAUCAAGCAAGGGAUUCGGGAAGUGUUGAAAUCAUGUUAGGAGUAUGUGCUAGUGGACUCCUAAUUUAUCGAGAUCGACUACGAAUCAAUCGUUUUGCUUGGCCUAAAAUCUUGAAGAUUUCAUAUAAGCGAAAUUACUUCUACAUCAAAAUUAGACCGGGAGAAUUGGAUAACAUCGAAAAUACCAUUGGAUUCAAACUGGCUAGUCACAAACUAGCAAAACGUUUGUGGAAAACUGCUGUUGAACAUCAUACUUUCUUUAGACUGAAAGAAGCAGAACCAAUUAUGAAAAAAGGAAUGGUAAUUGGUCCUAAUAAAUAUAGGUAUUCUGGAAGAACGCAAUGGCAAGCUAUGUCAAGUGAAGUUGAUAGGGAACAACCGGCAUUCCACCGAACAGGAAGCGUUUCCGCAGGCCACUUAGAAAGAGAAGAAACUACUAUGCCUGCCACUCAAACAAAACCAAUGAAACAAAUAGGCAGUUAUCGUUCGAUUGAUAAUAGUAUCGAACAUGUGAAUUCAAGCUUUGCAUAUCGCUAUGACUCUCCCCAGUCCAAAGCGGAUUGCGUCUCCGCUACUUUAAGCGCUCGUUCGUUGGCAGAUAGUUGCGUGAUGGAUCCUUUUACAUCUCCGCGAACAGAAAAUUAUAAAGAGAUAAUAGUUGAGGAAAAACGACAUUAUGCACCUGUAAUGAAAGAACUAAAUGAUACUUUGAGAUCGAAGCAUAGUACUCUUCCGCUUGCGCAUUCCAGUCCAAAUGGAUCCAUUUUGCGCAAAAAGUCUAUCCCACCAAACUCUGAGCAAUUUGAUAGAGAAAAUUUUGAUUUCGAUAACCAAAUGAAUGAUGAUGGCACGUAUGUAGAUGCUGAGGGAAGAUAUCGCGAUAGAGAUGGAAACCUGAUUAUCAAAAGAAAUGUUAUUCCCGGACCUCGUCCCACUCAAGAAGACUAUAAUCAACAUCAUGGAAAUGAUGAAUAUGGAAAUCAGUUGUACAAUUCAAAUACUGGAAAUUCUAUGAGUGACCCCAACUUUGCUAGAGAAUAUCAGCCUCGGGAUAACGCUGCUGGAAGAGAUGAUAAUUUGCCGUACGUUCGAACGGAAACUAGAACAGUUACUUAUUCUCGCGAAAAUGGUAAUGCUGAUAAUAACUUUCCCGGAGCGGAUCAAAUGAUUACGUCGCAAACCCAUUCUACCCGAACAUAUAUGAUGGAAACUACGACGUAUCAAAGAGAAAGUGGUCAAGUUGGACAACAAGUUAAUAUUCAAUCAUACAACGAGGAUGAUGAUGAACAGCAAUUAUUGGAUGCAAUCCGUAGUGUUACAGAGCUUAAUUCAGAUAUGACCGUAGAAAAAGUCGUAGUAAAAGAUGUUUUACCCUGUCAAGUCUUCGUAGCGUUGCCAAUUGUUGUUGCCCAAUUUUUUACAAGCCAAAUGGUUAUAAGUGAACAUGAAAUUUUUUUUGUUACCGGUUAA